UUCCCUUUUCAUUUGCAGAAAAACACGGGCUGUGCUUUUAUCAGCGAAGUGCAGAUCUAUAGCAAGCUGGUUAAUCAAGAUUCUGUAGCAGUUCUUACUCACAGAGAUCUUCUAAAUCAUGCUGUGUUUCAAAAGAAAAUCAACGAUAACAGUUUUCUUGAUCUUAAUACUUGGGGACUUAAUUAAGGCAACAUCUGGACCAUCCAAACUCACCUCUGAAUUUAAACACCAAGUUUCUCUGCAAAAGUGUCCUCCAGGUAAAUACAAGGUUCUGUCAUAUCCAAGCAAAAAUCAGAUGAAGUGUGCCCCAUGUGAGGAAGGAACAUACACCGAGAAGGAGAAUUCCCUCACAGAAUGUCGCAAAUGCUAUGGGCGCUGCACAGGUAACAGUGUCCAGACUGUUCCUUGCACCAGUACAACAAACCGGAAAUGUGAAUGUGCUCCCCAUCAUUACUGUACUACUGAAGACCCAAUUAAGUGUGAACAAUGUAAGAAAUGUGGUGAUAAGAAGCAAAACUUUCCAGAUAAAGAAGAUUACUACAAACAAGCCUGCCGACCUUGUCCUCCAGGUACCUUCCUGAAUACAACACAAUCACUGGGAUGUCAGCCUCACACCAAUUGUACAGACAAGGGAAAGAUCCUUCACACUAAAGGCAACAGCACGGCUGACAACCACUGUGUUGAUUCACCAUCCUCAAAAAAUGGGGGGAACGUUUCCUGCAUCCCUACAACAGACAAGAAAUGUCAAUGUCCGCUGGGCCAUUACUGUGCAAUCUGUGGAGAUGGGAAAAAGAUUCCUUCAGAUCAAGGAAGCUACCAGAGCCAAGUUUGUGAGUCUUGUCCUCCAGGAACCUUUCUGACUAUCACACAGAAAUGUCAGCCUUAUGCCAAUUGCACACAGUUGGGGAUGACUCUUAAAGCAGAAGGUAACAGCACAGUUGACAACGAUUGUGUUGGUCCACCUAAAUCGCUGAAUCGAAAAGGAAACUCUUCUACUUUAUCUAUGAUAUGGAUAGUGUUUCCCUUGUCCAUUCUUUGUGUCAUCAUAAUAGUGAGAUCAUCAUUGUGCAGGAUAUCGAACAAGCAAGGAAUUGGAAUGCUGGUGAAACUGAAGUUUAUUUGCAUCUGUGGCAUCAAAAGUGAUCUUUACAAAGGUGGUGAUAACGAACCAGAAAUCGAUGCAGCAACUGUGCCAGAGAUUGGGGAGCUGUGUGCAGAUAGCAUCAUCCCUGAAUCAAAACCUAGCGCAGUAAUGGUGCCACUGAUAAGCAUCAAAAAGACUGAAGCUCCUACAUUGAAAUACAAUUCUGAAAUCCUGGACAUUGAGACUGUGUCAGCUGUUGUUCACCCUAAAGACAAUGCAGAGGACAACAUUCCAUUUCCUGUACAAGAAAAUGGAAGAAACUCAAAAACCUAUUAUCCUAUAGAGGAGCAGUGUCAAAAGCAGUAUAACCAGUCAGUAACGAUGGAGGCCAAAGGUGGGACACCAACAAGCCUAUAUUUAGACAGCAAUAAAUAUCAACUGCAUUGCAUUUCCGUCUAGAUUCAGCUUCCUGCUGAAUAAGCCACCAAUACAGUUUGAUAUUGUCUUUAGGAGGCAGUUUACAGGUGAAGCUUCCCAUUGAGUUCGUGGCCUGCUUGACAUCUUUACCAUUAGAAAUCUAUUCAGACGAAACUUGGAGAUGAGUCUGAGGAGUGUUCAAGACUGUAGCUCUUUUCUUGGAAUUUGAUUGUAUGAAAACAACUAAAUCAAUGAAAAUACUCGUCACACAUACCUUUUAACUCACCAGGGAUCCGUACUUAGUCCUUUGGUCAAUCAGCGACUCAAAAUGUGGCCCGAUGGUAUGAUCAGAGGUGGAAAGGCCAAAAACUCCUUUUAUUGUGGGUUUACAGAUUAAACCAGGUUUAAAAUUAAAUCUCCAAGGAUUUGCUGGUUUCAAGUUUUAUUAACAAUAAUAUCUGUUAGGCUUCCUACGGAUUAGCAGUAAGAAUUUAUAUUAAACAAUUUGAAAAUUCCUUUUCAUGGAAAUGAAAAGCAAAUACUCACCAAUGAAACCAGAUAAACCUCUCCCCUGAUGAGCAUUAGCAGCUCAUUAUUAUAGUUUUUGUGUUGACUAACCUUGGUUUCCUUGCCUUCAAAUAUCUCCACAUCCCUGCAUCUCCCUACCACUGCUACAUUAUCAGACAUACCAUCCUUUCAACUAUUUGUUAAAGUGAGAAUUAUUUCUGGUGGUUCAGGCAAUUGCUCAAGAGCUCAUUGUAAGAAUGUUAUGAGACAGCCUGUCGUAAAGGCUGAGUUAUUUAAAAAUCCUUGAAGGAAACUUUAAACAACUGUCAUAACCAAUAUUUUUAAGUGGUAUGUUUGAGAUGCAACUCUA